AUGGUGGAGAGGACCCACCACUCAUUAAAGGCGCGCUGCAUGGAUGAGAACUGGAAGUUGCAGCUACCCUGGGUCCUGCUGAGUCUAUGCACCGCACUGAAAGCAAAUGGUGAGGCAUCACCCACAGAGAAAGUGACCAAACAUUUCAAGCCCAAAGGCCUGAACAGUUGCAAACACGUCUUCAUGAGGAACAAUGCCCACCGCAACCCCCCCCUCACCCCGACGAGACCUUACCGGGGGCCCUACCAUGUCAUAUGCCGAUCGGACAAAGCCUACCUCAUCAUGAUAAAUGGCUGCGAAGACUGGGUCUCAAUUGACAGAUUGAAACCUGCCUUCCUGAUGGACACCAGGGAAGAAACCGGCAGUUGCCCCCAAAGUGACUCCACAAAACAAGGCCACUCCCAAAGCCCACCAGCACGCCCAAACGCCAAAACGCCGAAGGACUCAGCAGUCAAUAACGCCCCACAACUGAUCUCAAGGACACGGGGCUGA